AUGACCGAUUCUCGACUCUCAGAGCUUGCUACGACUCAUGUGCAUUCGGAUCUGCUCCACGCUCACAGAGCCGUAAACGCUCCGUGCAUCUCAAUUGCCGGCCCCAGCCCUGACCAGCACACAAGCCUCGACUCAACCGGACUCAGAGCAACUGGAGAUCGGUUGGAAGCAGCCAAACCGGGCGACCGUUUCCCUCCUUCCCGAGACCCGACGUUCGAGGCCUCCUCAAAGUCGGCUCAGUCGAGUCCGAGUAUGCCGGCCGUCAGUCGCCUGGUGAUGUGCCUCGCCGUCGGCCUUCCCGUAGACAAUCUCAUCCCUUCGGUCCAGCAUCUCCGCCAUAUUACGCGAGCAGCCCAACAGACGGCAGGUCUGUUAGCCCAGCUGAGGUACCGUCUUGCCAGAUUGGCCCAAACCGCGGCCACCAUAACGGCCGACCGGUUGGAGACGGACAUGCCCGAAAGACAGACGAGUCAUGGAAAGGGGCGGCCCCGGGAGAGGAAUAGGCGGCUGAAAGGACAAAAGUCGGCUGAUUUCAUAUCGGUAGAUUUGCCAAAAAAUGUAUCUAUGUCUAUCUAUUAA